CAAAAUUAAAAUUAAUACCCAAACUAAGAUUUUCUUUAUUUUCCACAUAUAUAUACACACAAUAAUUCUAUUAAUUAAUCGCAACACAUCAUAUUGAAUUGGAAAACGGCGGAGGCAAGUGGCGGCUAUAUGGCGGCGAAUAGAGCGGAGAUCGACACAAGUCCACCUUUCCGGUCGGUCAAAGAGGCUGUGAUGCUGUUCGGCGAGAGAGUUCUGGCCGGCGAGGUCUAUGCCGGCAAACUUAAAGAGAUGCAGGAAAAGACGAGCAAAUUCGAUCACGGGACAAUCUCAUCCGAGCUUGAGGAGACGAAACAAAGCCUUCAAAAGGCUCGUGAGGAGACCACCAAUAUGUCUCGACAUAUCUCCUCAUUACAAAAGGAACUCGAACAAACCAAACGGGAGCUCGAGAAGCUCAAAUCCCGCGCGUUGGAUUUCGAGACGGAGGACCUCAAAUAUGUCGAGAGCGCCAAGCAAAUAACCGAGCAAGUGAAAACCGAGACGCGUGAAAGCAAUAUUAUUGUCGAGUUCCAAAAGAAGAAAUGUGUUUCGUUUUCGAAUCAUCCGCCUGUUGAACACGUGGCAGUUCGGUCGCCAUUGCCAGCUGGCGAGUCGGCCAUGCUCGAGAGGCACCCAUCAAUGAAGAAGAAGAAGAGGAAGCAACUCAUUCCCCUUAUUGGAGGGAUUUUCUCCAAGAAGAGUUUGGCUUGAUGAGUGAGAUUUGUUGUGAUGAUGUUUUUAGAUGGAGGAGUGCUUAGCUUUUGGUUAUGUUCAAAUUUAAUAAUGAUGUUAAUAGAACAAGAU